CUUUCUAAACUAAAAAAUCAAAACGUGAAGUUUGCAAACAAUUGAAAAAAUUAUUAAAAUUUUAAAAUAAAAUGCCUCCUGGUGGUCCAGUUACUUCUGAUAGUGAUAUGGAAAGUGUUUUAUCACUACAAAUAGAAAUUCCCAGAGUUCGGCGCAAUAGCGUAGGGCCCAAAUACUAUUGUAGCGUAGAGGGUUGCGGUCAAAGUUUUAAACGUUUGGAUCAUUUGGACAGACAUGAAUAUAAACAUACAGGAAUAAAAAAACACGCCUGCCACUAUGAGAACUGUACGAAAACCUACUCCAUAGUUACCCAUUUAAAGAGGCACAUACGCUCCACUCAUGAAAGGCAACCAGAGGAAGUGAUUAAAAACGUACCCUGUGAGGUGGAUACUUGUGAUAAACUCUUUACCAGUAUCAGUAAUAUGCAACGCCACAUACGUGAGGUGCAUGAAAAUCCCAAAGUUUAUCAAUGUCAAUUCUGUGAAGAAAAGUUUACACAAAAAUUAAAAAUGCGCCGACAUGAGAUAAGUAAACAUACGGGAAUAUAUCCUUAUAACUGCGAUAAGUGCUCGAGGGGAUUCUAUCAAAAAUGGCAAUGGGAAAAACAUGAGGAAACCUGUAAAAUAUAUCCCUGCUCUAAUUGUGAUGAAACGUUCGAUAAGUGGACGUUGUUCCUAAAACAUUGCAAAGAAACUCAACAUUCACGUAAAUACUAUAAAUGUGAGUACUGUGAACGAGCCUAUGUAAAGCCGGGGGAGUUACAAAAGCAUGUGGCAGCCAAACAUUUGGAGGAUGAAAACAGCUGUGCGGGAGCUUAUAAAUGUUCCUAUGAAGGUUGUCAGAAAUCCUAUGCUUAUGAAAGAAAUUUACGCCAACAUAUUGCCACAACACACGAAGGAAAGAAAUUUAAAUGUUCCAAAGAGGAUUGCGAUAAAGAAUUUAGUUCUUCGCAAAAUUUACAGAAGCAUUUGAAAAGAGAUCAUUGUCCGGAAAUGGCGGCUAAGCAAAAGGAACAAGCCACUAACUCUAACAAAACCACACUCAAACGUAAACAACGUAAAGAUGCUGGCAUGCCAAAAGUUUCACAUUUAGCUCAAUUAUCGGGCAUAACGGUGGAUAAAGAUUUGAAUAAGAGAUUAAAAUCAAGGGAUUUCGAGGCUUUAGAAGAGGUUAAAAAACAAUUAUCACAAGAAAUGGAUGUGGAUAUAACAUCGGAGGAAGAGGAAGAAGUAGUAAAAGAAAUUGUUAUGGAAAAUGAGAAUAGUGUAAGGGAUGUCGCGAAAAAUGGAAUAUUGAAACAAUCAACUUUUAAAUCAGUAAAUAAAAAUGCAGAAACGAUAACUGAAGGCGAGAUUCUGGAGGAAAACUUUGUAUGUGAAAAUGAAGAUCAGAUAAUGCAUAAAACUAGUACAGAUUGCACCAAGAAUGAAACAUAUAGUCAAACGAAAUGAAAUAGAUCUUAAGAUAUGUAUAUUUAACAUAAAACGUAUCAUUUAUAAAUUAUAAUUGUGAAUGAAUUUUGAAUAGUGUAAAUAGUGUUUUUCGUUAAUUCUUGUAUCAAAUUUGUAUGGGAUUAUUUUGUAAUUUUAUUGAAAAAUAAACUCUAUUUUCCUUUAAUAAUGGCA